GGCGGAAGGAGCGUUGCUGCUGGGUGACUGGCUAAAACGCAGCGCGGGGGUCUUUCCCCUUCCGGUGGGCGCUGACCUUGCCGGGGAGCGGAGUGACCGGUUCCCCCUGUGUCAGUGGCGGCGCAGCCAUGGUGGCCUACUGGCGCCAGGCCGGGCUCAGUUACAUCCGGUAUUCCCAGAUCUGUGCCCAGGUGGUUAGAGCAGCACUGAAGCCUCAGUACAAAGCAGAGGCAGAGAGGGCGGCAAUGGCCACUGUGAAAACUGUGAAACCCAAGAAGGAAUAAAAUGAACUGAUCAGUGGAGCAUAACGGCAAACUGCAGAGCUGUAGGCAAGCUCAAGACUCUGCAAUGUAAUGUCAUCGCAUUAACUGUAAAACUUGGCUCUGUACGUAAAUCAGCAUGCUAAUAAAUGUAAUUUCUGUUAAGUAAA